AUGGUUGCAGAACUGCAUGUUGUGAUUGUGGAGAACAUAACGCCAACAAUGUAAACAAAUGUCAGGUUAGAACAUAGAAUUCCGAUCUAAAUACGGCUUGUCAUUGACGUAGUGUGUGUACCUAUGAUAAUGGGAGAACAAUGUACAAUACUAAAGAAAAAUUAACGAAAUAUACAGGUUAUUAUCGAUGUGUUGACGAAAUUCAAAACUUCAAAAUAAGAAUAAGACUAAAAGAAGAGGAUGCGGAAAAUAUUAAUGCAAAUAGGGAAGAUAAAUGGCACAUUCAAGAAUUUUGUUGGCAAGAAAAACAUUUUAGCAAAAUUGAGAAAGACUUUUAUGGAGACAUAAACAACUGCUUUACAGAUUUGGAGAAAAUAUAUAACGAAAGAAUCUCUGAGAAUCAAGAGAGUUCGAUUUUUUUCACGUACGUGGAUAAAGAUGGCUUCUUUGAGGACGAGGAUGCUGUCACAACUUCUUAUUUACAAAAAUACGUGGAAGGUAUGAAACUGGGUGAAGAACAUGUAGAACCUAGUAAGGUUCACUCUGAUUACCAUUUUGAACAUUUACUCAACUCCAGUAUUGAUAAAAAAGCGAUACAAAGUGAUUUCGAAAGAAUGACCAUUUUAGCAGAUUUAGGGGAUUAUAUCGAAGAUAUAUGGAUAAAGAACGAGCAGGUUUUGUGUUCAAUUAAAUUCGACAGGGUUUACAAAGUGGUUUCCGUUUAUCCGGAUUUCACGAAGAGUAAACCUUACUCUUUGAAAAUUCAGGGUGAAAGACCAAAAAAUGUUCACUACUUCAUCGAACAAUGUUCAGAGAACUUUUCAGAAACGGAGGAACAAAAGGAGAAAGAUAUUAUGAAGAAAGUUGUGGAAACUGAACAAUCUCUGAUGAGGGACAUCGUUGGCGACCAAUUUUUCGUCCCACCUAAAAACAAGCUAUAUGUUUUUCUAUUUUUCGAAAUCUCAACUGCCAGGAAUUUCGAAAACGACGACUUAUAUCUCCAUUAUCGAAUAGAGCUUCCAAAGUAUUGGUCUUGCGGAAACCCUCAGACCCUUAGAGGGACAACACAAACUUGCCAUGGAAUAAAGGAAGACGGCCUUGUCCAUUUUGGCCACAAUUUCGAUGUUUUGUUGGAGUAUGACAUCGAAAGUUUACAGGAAAAAAGUGUUCCUGAUACGCCGUACAUUUAUUUCGAAAUAAUAUCGAAAGGCACUUGGGACCGCUAUCGAACAGAGGGGCUCACUUAUAAAAAUCUUCCUGUAUCAACUCCGGGCUGUCAUUCUUACUCUCUGUCAUGUUUUCGUUUUGACACGGAUGGACCUUCUGGUAGACUGAGACGAUUUUUCAUCGGUGAUGGUUACAAUUAUGAAGACCUCCGAAGGAUCGGUCCACCUCAACAGGAAAAUCAAAUGAGAAUUUUCAACAGAUUUGCUGCCAACACAAUAGGAACAGGUAGGCUUGACUUUCGAUUGAAUGUCAUUAACCAAUCUCAGGCAUUUUUACAAGAAUUCAAUGAGGGAAGUCUCCGAGAAAAACAUAUUUAUGAGAAACUGAGCUCUUCCAGUUUAAUAAAAAGUGUAAAUCAAGUUUUACAUGCAUUCAGAAGGGCACGAAGAAAUAUGAUUGAAGUGAAAAAAACUGUGAAAGAUGGUUUUCAAUAAAAACAUUUAGAGACAGUA